AUGUUUCACGAGCUCAUGGCUGCAAUUUUCGGACAAAGACAAAAGAAUGGCAGAUAUUUAGAACGGCGUCAUCUAGAGAAAAAUUGGGAUAUCGGCGGCUAUUUGAGACCUUGCUUGGACCAUGAAUACCACGUAUCACCGAACGACGUUUACGACCCUUAUGUCACGCAACGACAAGACGACGACUAUAUCCCGGCGGUUAUAACCGCACUGGAUGGAGGAACAUGGAAGUCGACAUGCGACAUGUUUCCUGGAUGUGGCAUGCUUGAAAUGAUGUUACUCCGCUACGUGCAAGCAUGGGCUAAAAAAUAA